AUGGAAGCAUCACAUUUCCUCAAUCUUCCGACCGAGCUUAGGCUAGUGAUUCUCGAACACCUUCUCGCAGAUACGAAUACUCUGGCAAUUGGCGGCUACUACGCGCCUUCGUUUAUUCCAUCUUCUACGCCUCCAGCCGUCUUCAGCAGCGAUAUUACACAGAAGACUCAAGCUUUACAGCCCGCGAUAAGCCUUACAAGCCGACAGUUGAGAGAAGAGUCCUUGCCGAUCUUUUACCGCCAGAACCGAUUUCUGCUUGCGUUGCACUACCGGCGAGCCAGAUCAGAGGUCGUCAACUGGAUUGAGUCAGUUGCGUCAAAUGCCAGCAUUGCGGAGAAUUUGUGGAAAGUCACAGUAAAGCAUCGUUUCGGCAUCCUGGACUACAGAGGCACCAUUGAUUUCGACUUCCAGCAUUUCAGCAUUCUUGGCCCAGAGUUGUGGUUCAAUUCGAUCCCACCUUUGUAUAUCAAAGAAGUGAAGGACAUCAUCGAGCGAGCACGGCAGCAGAACUUCUCUAAAGGACUUCACGACUCUGGAGAGCUGCGGAUCGAGACUUUGCGACAGCUUGUCGAAGUGCUUGGUGUGGUUAUAGAUUGA